UGAGUCGAGGCGAGUUGUUGCAUUGGAGGAGAACCGACAGGGAAGGAGAGUUCCUCAAAGCCAGACGCCCUGCAAACCGCAGACACGAUGGGGAUGGAGAAAAUGGAGAUGGAGGACACAAGCUCGACUCUGAUGGAGAAGGGCGAGAAGUCGGCCGGCGCUAGACCUCCCAACAAGUAUGAGAAGCUGUUCCAGCCCUGCCUGGCCGAGGUGGUGGGCACCAUGUUCUUCGUCUUCAUCGGCUGCGUGUCCGUCAUUGAGAACGUGCCGGCGGCUGGCAGGCUGCAGCCGGCGUUGGUCCACGGGCUGGCCGUGGCUAUAAUGGUGGCCGUCAUGGAUAACAUCAGUGGCUCCCACUUCAACCCGCCCUUCACCAUCGCCAUCUACCUGUGCGGGGGCAUGGAGCUGUGCAUGGUGGGACCCUACCUGGUCAGCCAGCUGAUCGGAGGCGUGCUGGGCGCCGGAAUGGCAAAGGUGAUGACCUCUCCGGAACGCUACGCGAACGCCACCGGAGCGGCGUUCGACAUCCUAAAGACGGACAGCCAGCUGCGGGGGGCCAUCUUCGGAGAGGUGGCCAUGACCUGCCUGGUGACCAUGGUGGUGCUGCUGGUGGCGGUCAACGGAAAAACUAAAACGCCCCUGGCUCCGUUCCUGGUGGGCUGCACCGUUAUCAUCAACAUCCUGGCAGGAGGGGACAUUUCGGGGACCUGUCUAAACCCGGCCAGGGCUUUUGGUCCAGCUCUGGUGGCCCAGUACUGGUCCUACCACUGGGUUUACUGGGUCGGCCCCAUAGGAGGAGGAGUGGUGGCUGCUGCACUGCUCAGGCUCAUUCUUGGUGAUGAGAAGACCAGGAUCAUUCUGAAAUAAUUCUGCUGGUUUACCGGCACACACCCUUCCUACACACACUGUUUUAUUUGUUGUUUAGUUUUCUUGUGUGAGACUGUAUCACACCCUGUGUGGUUUGUGUUGAGAUAUACUGUUCAGUUUGUAUCACACCCUGUGGUUUGUGUUGAGAUAUACUGUUCAGUUUGUAUCACACCGUGUGGUUUGUGUUGAGAUAUACUGUUCAGUUUGUAUCACACCGUGUGGUUUGUGUUGAGAUAUACUGUUCAGUUUGUAUCACACCCUGUGGUUUGUGUUGAGAUAUACUGUUCAGUUUGUAUCACACCGUGUGGUUUGUGUUGAGAUAUACUGUUCAGUUUGUAUCACACCGUGUGGUUUGUGUUGAGAUAUACUGUUCAGUUUGUAUCACACCCUGUGGUUUGUGUUGAGAUAUACUGUUCAGUUUGUAUCACACUGUGUGGAUUGUGUUGAGAUAUACUGUUCAGUUUGUAUCACACUGUGUGGUUUGUGUUGAGAUAUACUGUUCAGUUUGUAUCACACCCUGUGGUUUGUGUUGAGAUAUACUGUUCAGUUUGUAUCACACCCUGUGGAUUGUGUUGAGAUAUACUGUUUAGUUUGUAUCACACCGUGUGGUUUGUGUUGAGAUAUACUGUUCAGUUUGUAUCACACCGUGUGGUUUGUGUUGAGAUAUACUGUUCAGUUUGUAUCACACCGUGUGGUUUGUGUUGAGAUAUACUGUUCAGUUUGUAUCACACCCUGUGGUUUGUGUUGAGAUAUACUGUUCAGUUUGUAUCACACCGUGUGGUUUGUGUUGAGAUAUACUGUUCAGUUUGUAUCACACCCUGUGGAUUGUGUUGAGAUAUACUGUUCAGUUUGUAUCACACUGUGUGGUUCGUGUUGAGAUAUACUGUUCAGUUUGUAUCACAUUGUAUGGUUUGUGUUGAGAUAUACUGUUCAGUUUGUAUCACACUGUGUGGAUUGUGUUGAGAUAUACUGUUCAGUUUGUAUCACACUGUGUGGAUUGUGUUGAGAUAUACUGUUCAGUUUGUAUCACACCCUGUGGUUUGUGUUGAGAUAUACUGUUCAGUUUGUAUCACACUGUGUGGUUUGUGUUGAGAUAUACUGUUCAGUUUGUAUCACAUUGUAUGGUUUGUGUUGAGAUAUACUGUUCAGUUUGUAUCACACUGUGUGACACACAGACACACACAGAAUCAUGUUUCCAGGUGUUGAUUGGGAAUAGACGCGGUGUGUGACAGUGUGGCUGAAUAACAGAUGUGUGUAACAGAAGAGCAGUUGGGGGUCGUUAACAGUUUAUUUUGUGGCACCUGAAUGUUACACAAUCCUCAGUCAAACUCCAAGAAGAAGAGCUGUGUGGCAUCAAGACCAACUCCGCGUCCCAUGACCGGUGGAAGCAGUCUGGCGUUCCUCAGCCCAGCUUCGGGAGUGUCAGAGUUCCCAGGAGGAUCCCACACGACGUUUUUAAAGCUUGGAAAAGCAAGUGAUGGAUGUUUUCAUGCGGGUGGAAGUGGAUGUGGACUGCAGGGUGGAUGUGAACUACGCAGCACAUGUGGUUUUAAAAAGACACCAAACUGAAAAUAAAAAUGACGCCCCAGUUGAGGUGAUGAG